UUGUGCUGUGCGUUAGCUGUGAAAGAUGUCUGGCAGAGGUAAAGGCGGCAAAGGACUGGGUAAGGGGGGCGCCAAGCGCCACCGGAAGGUUUUACGGGACAACAUCCAGGGAAUUACGAAGCCCGCCAUCCGCCGUCUGGCCCGCCGUGGUGGUGUGAAGCGUAUUUCUGGCCUCAUCUACGAAGAGACGCGGGGAGUGCUUAAAGUGUUCCUGGAGAACGUGAUCCGCGAUGCGGUGACUUACACGGAGCAUGCCAAGCGCAAGACGGUCACGGCAAUGGAUGUGGUGUAUGCGCUAAAACGCCAGGGCCGCACACUUUACGGCUUCGGCGGCUGAGCUGUGCCUGCGGCUUAUUUCUAGAUUCCAAAAGGCCCUUUUCAGGGCCCCCAAAA